ACAAACUUAAUUAUUCUUUACGAUUUGUACUUGUUUUAGAUAUUUAUUCAAAUUAAUGAUUUAAUAAUUAUUUAUAAAUGGACGCAGGAGAAUCUUUUUUAUCAUGUGGACUAACUAUGGAAUGGACAACGCCAGAAGGAUCAAUUAUCAGAAAAGUAACGUACAAAACAGCCUCACUCCGGUUAAUUCGUAACGAAUUUCGAGAAAUGUUUAUGGAAAUAUCAAGUGAUAAGAAUGCUGCAAUUCGAUUGGCGCUGAAAGGAAUAAAUGUAUUUAAAAAGUUUAUGAUAGAAGGUAAAGCCACUAUUAAGUUUCAAGAGGUACGAUGCACUUUAUUUAUUUCAAAUGCGCCACCGACUAACCUAGUCUCAUUCCUACGUACAAUAUUUGUUAAAAUGACUGGUGAUAAAGAAAAGGUUGCUAAUACUACACCAUUAAAACAAAACAUGAGAGCUAAGUUGCUGAGCGGUAAGGCACAGGCUUUUGAAGAGAUCAGUCCAGUGACAAUAGCUGAUAUACACAACGCCAAAAAUAAAAUCCCAAAAUCAACAGUCACGACACCUUCACCGCCUUCCAAAAAACGUAAAACUGAUGACAGCAGCAGAGGACCUGCACCUAAAAAGUUAUACUCACCGUCACCAUUGACAACCACAAGUUCCUUGAAUACAGAACAGCAGAGAGUUUUAGAAGCUUGCCUAGGUGGGAAAAAUAUUUUUUUUACCGGUUCUGCUGGUACUGGCAAAAGUUUCUUACUGAAAAGAAUUGUAUCAGCAUUACCACCUGAUGUUACUGUGGCUACAGCUUCCACUGGUGUUGCAGCUUGUCAUGUUGGAGGGACAACAUUGCAUUCAUUUGCUGGUAUUGGGGAUGGUAGUGGUUCACUAGAAGCACUAUGCGAAAGAGCACUGAAAUUGCCUGUAGUUGUUCAAAAGUGGAGGAAAUGCAAGCAUUUAAUUAUUGAUGAAGUUUCUAUGGUUGAUGGAGCAUUCUUUGAGAAAUUGGAAGCUGUAGCUAGAUAUGUAAGAAAAAAUGAUAAACCUUUUGGGGGAAUUCAGUUGAUAUUGUGCGGCGAUUUUCUACAACUGCCACCAGUUGUAGAUAAGAAUAAACCUGGAAAAAGAUUUUGCUUCCAAUCUCCUUGUUGGGAGAAAUGCAUCGAGUUAUGUUUUGAACUGAAAGAAGUACACAGACAGAAAGAUCAAGAAUUUGUAACAAUACUCAACAAAAUAAGAAUCGGACAUGUGACAAAAGAAAUAAGUGAUAGGUUAAUUGGUACAGCUAGACAAAAAAUUGAAAGUGAUGGUAUUUUAGCUACAAGGCUAUGUUCUCAUACAAAUGAUUCUAAAAUGAUAAAUGAUUCAAAGCUAGCAGAUUUAAAAGGAGAUGAGAAGGUUUUUUCAGCACAAGAUAGUGAAAAUUCAACCAAAAUACUUGAUAUGCAAACAGUUGCACCAUCAAAAUUAAUAUUGAAAAUAGGAGCUCAAGUAAUGUUAUUAAAAAACAUCAAUGUUAAUGCUGGUUUAGUGAAUGGGGCCCGAGGUGUGAUUGUAAGAUUCGAAGAAGGUAUGCCAGUUGUAAGAUUUAAAAAUAAAAAAGAAUAUACAGCCAGAACUGAAAGAUGGUAUGUUAAAAAUUCAAAUGGCUCUUUGCUAUGUCGUCGACAAGUCCCUCUGAACUUAGCAUGGGCAUUUUCUAUUCAUAAAUCACAAGGUCUUACUCUAGAUUGUGUUGAAAUGUCACUGUCAAAAAUAUUUGAAGCUGGUCAAGCAUAUGUAGCCUUGAGUAGAGCCCAAAGUUUAGAUACAUUGCGAGUAUUAGAUUUUGACUCUCGUCAUGUUUGGGCUGAUCCAAAUGUUCUUGAAUUCUAUCAGAAAUUUCGACGGCGCUUACAACAAAUGGAGAUUAUUCCUCUAGGUCGACCAUUGUCCAGCAAAGCAAAUAAAAAGUUAAAAUUAAGAGAAAUAUUAGAAAAACAAUUGAGCAAGAAAUAAGACUGAAAUAGUUGUGAUAUUUUAUUUUACAUAAUAACUUUACAUAGUUUUAAUCACAAUGUUUGAAUUUAUUCUUGAAACUUAUAUGAUAGCAUUUAUGUACAGCACCUUCAUGGCCUGUUUUAAUGCCUUACUAUAAAUAAAACAAUAUCAGUAAAGUGCUAAUCAGAUCCACAGCUGAGGUUUUUAAACAAUUCAUGUAAAUAGGUUGUACCUAUAAUAAGUAAAAUUUUCUUUAUGAAUAUGUAUAUCUGUUCAUAGGUACAAGGAUAAUAUACCUACAAAACGGAACUGUAUAAUUAACUGUUUCCUUGUAGUGUUUUGAUACCGCUGAUUCCUCAAGAACUAAAAAGGCAUUUAUUUCUGUCACAUAUCGAAACUUUCCAUCUAUAAUAACUAAUAGCCAAAGAGCCCACGACGGCCAGACAUACGUCAUUUUAGUAAACGUGAAAGUUCUUGUAUGUGUAUCCCCAACACAGGUAAGAACGAUCCCCAAACAUGAAACCUGGAUCGUGGUUCCUUUGGCAGGUAACAGGUAAAAAAAUUUCAUAUCAAAUUCGUUAUUUUAAGAAACUCCAUAUUUUCAUAUAUUGUUUGUAGCAUUAUAACUUGCGCUGCUCAUUGCCAGACACUUGGUGUGGUUCCAACCCCCCGCCAGACCCCCCUACACAUAGAAGAACUUUCACGUUUACUAAAAUGACGUAUGUAUGGCCGUCGUGGGCUCUUGCUCUAUAAUACUAGUACAAUACAGAGGACAGAUAAAUACAAUUCCCGUCCUCGGUUCCGUUUUAUCUAUUUAUUUUGGUAUCCUGAACAAUUUAAAAAAUAAAGUGGUGAGGAGAGUUCUGUUCUUGAGGUGGAAGUUCUUGGGUGUGGAGAGUUCUGUUGAGGUUCAAUUGACGUUGAAAUGUCGCCAUUAAAACUAGGUAUAUAGACACAAUAGAUAUGAAUUCGCAUUGCGUUUAUAUAUAGUGAAAUAGUAAAAUUAACUUAGUAUAUCGCCUAUUAAGACUGAAUCACAUUAAGAAUACAUUUAAUCUUUGUGUUCGAUUUUUUCAUUAUGGCGACAAAUAUUAUAAUUUUAUUUAAAUAUAAUUUAUUUAAAAAACAUGGUUUUAUUAAUGAAGAGUAUCUAUCACCUUAAUUAAAUUUAUAUAUCACCUUAAUUCAUGAUUUUAAGAUAGAUUCCGAGUUAUGGGCAGCACUGGGAAAAUUCCGAUUGGGACGAAAUUUGCAAAAUAUUUAAUACCAUACUUGCUGAAUAUAUAAAGAGGAAAGGAAUUAUGAAAUAGGAAGACGGUAACUAUUUUUUUAGGAUUUGUUUCAAUCAUUUAAUAGAAUAAUACAUACUUCAACUGGAGGGCACAGCAAUCUGAAAUC